AUUCUAGACUCCUUACACCCAACUCAUAAAUAUUACCACCUCUAAUUCCACCUCUCAUCCUAUAAUCCAAGCAAAAGUUGAUUGUUAUCUCUCUCUCAAAAACCCACUUUGAUACUUGCUCUUUCCUUUAACAAUUAGCUAGAUCGCCUUGUUCAGAUUCUUGUGUUACUGAAUGGAAGACGCUUCGAGCAGUAAUAGCAAUAAACUAGAUGAGUCAGGUGCGUUAGCUUUCAUAGGAAAGAUUAUGUUGGGGGUAAUCAUAUUUCUGUUCCUGGUUGUGAUCUUCAUAUUCUUCCUUCACCUUUACGUGAAGUGGUCCAGGAGUCGUCGCCGGCAAGAAGACUCCAAUGGCGGCACAGAGCGCCACCACAAAGUCAAAGUUCAGGGACUUGACCCGUCAAUACUCAAAACAAUUCCUGUACUUGCAUUUGAUGCUAAAGAAUUCAAAGAUGGAACACUGGAAUGUACUAUUUGUCUUUGUGAUGUCACUGAGGGUGAAAAGACAAGAUUUUUACCAAAAUGUAAUCAUGGGUUUCAUGUUGAUUGUAUUGACAUGUGGUUUCAAUGUCAUUCCUCUUGUCCUCUUUGUCGUAACGCAGUUUCCACAACUGGGGAUAAAACACUCGAGUCAGUGGAAUCGGAGGUUGAGGCUUCAACAGAGUUGCCUAAUUUUCCGACCAAUGUGCUGUAUUGGGGAAAUGAGACUCAAGUUAGCACCUUGUGUAGUAAUCCUUGUUUGGAGUCAACAGCAUCUACGAGUAAUAACCGGCCACAUGGAAUGUUGGUUAUCGAUAUUCCAGGGCGAAUUAAUGAAGAAGAGUCGAAAUCUGUAAUGCCUGAAAGACUGAGGCGUUUGAUGAGGCUUUUGAGCGGGGAUAGAAGGGCGAAUAAUCCUUCUAGUUCGCGAAAUGUAGAUAUAGAACAAGGAGGUGGUAGAAGCCCGAGCUAGCACGGACUCAGAGAGCGAUUCAACAAGGAUUUCUAUUGUUGAGCCGGGUGAGCCAGGCUGCACUCGCCUUUUUGAAUUGGCUAUGCCGAAAGAGUCCCCACGUCCGCUUUUCUCCGCCCGCAAUCCAAUAAGUUGGCAAAGCCAACACAAGAUUAGGGUCGUCUCAUUCAUUCUAUACUGACCCCGGCCCGGGCUGGCUUCUUGGGAAGCCCAUUCGCAUCAUUC